AUGGCGUCUGGUGAAACUCACUCAGUUGAAAACCAGCAAAGAAGGUGGCUUAAUUUAAGAAAAUUAUUGGAAAGAUCGGGACCGUUUAGCCAUCCAGAUUUUGAACCUUCAGCUGAAAUUCUGGACUUUAUUAUGGACUCGUGUAAAGUCCUAAUAGUAGGCGCUGGAGGUCUUGGCUGCGAACUUCUGAAGGAUUUAGCUUUGAUGGGUUUUAAAAAACUUCAUGUCGUUGAUAUGGAUACAAUAGAGCUUUCUAACUUAAAUAGACAGUUUCUAUUUAGAAAGAAUGAUAUCGGGUUAUCUAAAGCUAAGUGUGCUGUUGAAUUUGUCAACAAAAGAGUACCAGGUUGUGAAGCUGUGGCUCACCACUGUUCUAUUCAGGAUUUGGAUGAAGGUUUCUAUAGGCAGUUUCAUAUUGUAGUCUGUGGUCUUGAUUCCAUAGUUGCCAGGAGGUGGCUUAAUGGCAUGCUCAUGUCCUUACUGCAGUAUAAUGAUGAUAGGAGCUUAGAUCAAAGCAGUGUAAUUCCAUUUGUGGAUGGAGGAACUGAAGGGUUCAAAGGGAAUGCAAGGGUUAUACUACCUGGGAUGAGUGCUUGUAUUGAGUGUACCCUUGAUUUGUACCCGCCACAGAAAACGUUUCCACUGUGCACCAUUGCCAACACACCGAGAUUACCUGAACACUGUAUUGAAUACGUAAAAGUUCUCCAAUGGGCAAAAGAAAACCCCUGGGGCAGCAGCACACCUAUUGAUGGCGAUGACCCUCAACAUGUUGCGUGGGUGUUUGAGAAGGCACAAGACAGGGCCAUUAAGCAUGGCAUUUCUAAUGUUACAUAUAGAUUGACACAAGGUGUUUUGAAAAAUAUUAUUCCAGCUGUUGCUAGUACGAAUGCAGCUAUUGCUGCUUGCUGCGCCACUGAGGUCUUUAAACUGGCAUCGUCCUGCUGCACAAACAUGAAUAACUAUAUGGUGAUGAAUAUUGCUGAUGGAGUCUACACAUACACAUUCAAUGCUGAGCGUAAACCAGACUGUGUGGCUUGUAGUAACACCACGCGGGUCGUUGAAUUAGAACCUGAUGCGACUUUGCAGACCAUCUACGACAAGCUCUGUGAAGAUCCAGCCUUUAUGAUGAAAAGUCCAGGUAUAACAACAGUGAUCAACGGCCGAAACAAGACAUUAUAUAUGUCAUCAAUAAAGAGCAUUGAAGAAAGAACAAGAGAUAAUUUAAAAAAGAAAAUAACAGAAUUGGGUUUAUACAAUGGCGUUGAUAUCCUGGUGGCGGAUGUCACCACACCAAAUACUGUUACAAUAAAGUUAAAAUUUGCCGACAGCCAAGAUGUCGAAAUGGCGCGAUAG